AUGUUUCUAAGAGUACAGGAUUCCGGCAAAAGGGAUCUUGUCCAGCAGACCGUCAAUUUGUGCAGAGAGAUGAGCGAGAAUCUAAGAGUAGGUGGAGUAGGGUCGGGUCGGGGCCGCAAGGCGUCGAGGCGGCGAGGGGUCGGAAGCGGCGGAGAGGGGUCGGAAGCGGCGGCGAGAGGUCAGAGGCUGUGUCUCAAAAACGGGGAGGCGGAUUUCACAGAGACAGAGGGCCGAGGCGGGGACGGUCCGACGGCGGCUUGUGGCUGGUGCCUGACUGGCGACUGCCUGGUGGUGGUGGGCUUAACCGGUUGGUGA